CGCUGCAGAAGUGCGGUUUCGCCGCGAUCCGCUCGUCUCAUCGCGAUGGAAGAAUCGCUGCGUCGGCCGUCGAGGUGCUGCGUCCCACGACGGCCGCCACCGAUGUCCGAUGUCCUACCAGACCUGAGAUGCGCUCUGUGACGGCGCGGCCAUGACAGAGGCGCUCUGAUGGACAGUCGCCAGGCCUUUGCAUUCGUCUGACCAUCCAACCAUCUGACGCAUCGUGAAUCGAGAUCUCGCAGUGGAUUGUGCUGCCCUCGAGUAUCCACCGCACACCCUCCUGUACACCCACCUGGUUCCCUCGAUAGCCCGCCCACUUGCACACCUCUGACACCGGCAUACCUCCGGCACACAAAGGACCACACUACUGUCGACGACGAGAGCGAGCAAUACACAAGUGCGUCGCUGUACUCAUGGACACCAACAUCACAUAGGCUGCCAUCACGACGAUAUCAAUGGCGCCUAACCUACCGAAUCCGAAGAUCGUCAUGACACCACCCACGCAACCUGGAGCCGCGACCUCGACGAACCCCCGACGACCGCCAGCACACCGAUCGGUGUCAUUGCGACACUCCCAGAGCCGGAAAAGUCCCAAGGAGAGCGAUACUUCGAGCGAUAAUAGUGCCCCGGGAGCAACGGACGGGAAGAAGACCAACAGCAGUGGCUCGAAGAACAGUAAUGGGUCUCCCUCGAGUUUGCAGCCGCUAGGUCGAGACAGCUCUGGAGAGAGUAGCAAUGCUGAGCAGUGGUUUCAAAAGUCGAACAACGAUGUGCACGGCAAUAGUGCCUCGUUCGCUGAUAAUGAUCCUCCAUUCUUCAUGCGGAAUUCAUCGUCGUCCGAGACACCGCCAGAAGCACAUGCUCAACACAUGAGAAAUCUCCUCAACCCAAAUGACGGCUCACACUCCUUGUCACUGCGGACAGGCCUACUUCACCUGGGAACCGAUGGAAGCAGCACCGAAGAUUUCCGCAGUGUCAUCGACGACCUGACCAUCGAGAACAAAACGUUGAAGAGACGGCUGAAGAAAUAUGAGAAAUUGCACGAUGCGCAUUUGAAAGAUGAGAAGCUGUUUGAAGUCCGGAUACAUGGACUCCCACCUCACAAGAAGCGCGAGCUGGAAGAGACGCUGAGGAAAUUUGCGUCUAGCUUGGGCGCAGGUGGCUUCCCGGCUGCUGGCUAUGAAGCCGUCGUACCCACGCUCAACGCCCAAAAAACUGCAUCGUCUCAGACACAAGCAUCAGACUCCGCGUAUGCCUCCCUUUCGGCUUCGGGUCAGGGAUCUUCAGCGCAAUCUGGCGCGGAGAGUCGGCACAAGCAGAUGGGAUCAACAUCAGCACUCCGCAAACAGAACAUCCACACCUACCUGCAUCAUAUUACAGAAGGUCUCUUGCCACAGGCUACCCCAACAAAUAUGUCGGAGCGCGCGAAGAAGAAGCUCGUUGUUCGGAGGUUGGAGCAAAUCUUCGCGGGAAAGGGCGCCGUCGCCGGUCUGCAUUCACAUCCUAUGCAGCAGCAGGAGGUCUCGCAGUCGGCAGCGCGUGCAGAUCGAGCUGCGAAUGAGGAACAAGGCUUACUUGCACGGCAAGAGGGUACUCGAGAAGCUCGUAUUAUGGUCCGGGAUGGCAAGGGCGCGACGGCCGACAAAACCGAUGCAUCAACGGACACGUCUUCUACUAGCGACAAAAACACCAAAAGGAAAGCGUCAAGGCCUGCGCCCCCCACCCUCCCAUCGGGAGACAGUGAACAAAGACCUACACGUCCACUUGAUCUUGACCCACACCGUGCGCAAGUGCCCACCGAGAACAUUCGGUACAUGCGGCAUCUGGGCUUUUCGCCACCUAACCCUGAAACGGAAGAGGCGCAGGACGGACAUGGCUGGGUGUACCUAAACCUGUUGAUCAACAUGGCGCAGCUUCACACCAUUAGCGUUACAUCGGACUUUGUCCGCAAGGCGCUGGGUGAGUACAGCUCCAAGUUCGAGAUCUCCAAUGACGGCCGCAAAGUGCGCUGGAAAGGAGGAGCUUCUGUGACCCAUACGAGCAGCAGUGGUGGUGGCUCGUCAAUUGGUGUGGAUACCCCGGACGGGCAAAGUCCACGCAAACGUCCCAAGCUCGUGCACCGCGAAAGCGACCGGUCGAUAACCUCUGGUGCGCAACAAACUGGCUCCACAUCGCGACGAGUACCGGACAGUAAGCUUGUCUACACGCCAUUGUUCUUUCACAAGGACAGUACAGAUGGCGAUAGCUCGUCUGAGGAAGAAGAUGACGAUAAUUCAUCGCCUUUCCCCAUGCCUCUGGCUGGGGACUCUUCCGGCAUGACAAGCUCAGGAAGGCAGACCACCGCCACGAAGAAGCAGAAGAAGCGCGAAGAUGGUCCAAUCAUCUUCUACAACAACGCGCGGUUUUGCACAGACUUGAGUGGUGAUCGCAAAGCGAACGGCAAUGCGAAUGCACCGCCAUACACCCCAGCAACGACCGAGCCGGUUGGCAAACCUUACUUGCCAUCGGAGAUGAUGGCUUCUGAGAAGAGAGGCCCCCUGGCUGAGGCAUCUGAGCUACCGGAGCCCAUGGACCUUGGCGACAAUCCAAUUCCAGAGUCACUUGAACUUUCCUUCCCUCCAAGAAGUCCGGCGUAUUCAGUCAAAAGCGAGCCCCUUCAACCCAUCGACAUGGCUGUCACUGGCAUUGGCGGCGUCUGGCCAUUCGAUAACUUUGCUAUCGAGGUGGAGAGUCGUCAUGCACGACUGGAGGAGCCCCAAGCUUCGUCAGCUGUCCAAGGACAUCAGUCCAGGUGUCUGCCCCCUAAGUUCGCGCGUAUCUUCGAUGAGGCCCACAAGAAACGUGAACCUGGAGCAGUGGUCGAGAAGAAGGUGAUCGCAACCAAACGCAGAGAUCUAAUCCCCUCGCAAUUGCCUGCUGCCCUGUGCUAUAUGCCCUAUGGUGAAGACUCGACUGGAGACGAUGCAUCUGACAUGGACGACGAAAUGUCCGUUGCACCGGACUCUCCUGGCGCGUUUCCACCUGCAACAGCACCCCAGCCCGUGGAGCUGCACUACGCAACUACCGACUAUGAGGAGGAAGGCGAUGAUGAUGACAGCGAGGCAGAGUCGGAUAGCUCGCUUGAUUUGCUGGCUGCUGCACGACAAAUUGAUCCUGAAGCAAUCAGGCAACAGGAGAGGGAGUACGAUGCCCAAUACGCAGAGCGUCUCGCGGAGGAGAUCCCUGCUGGAAGUAGUGCAGCAACCGCAGGCGGUGGCAGUGGCUUCGCAAGCCCCAAUGAAGAGAUGAGCCGUGAGGACUAUGAGAAAGCUGUAAGAGCCUCACGCAGGCGGCAGGCGGCCACCGCGUUGACGCGAAGGGAAACGUCAGACAGCAUGCGAGCCCUUGAUCCUCGCGAAUCUUCGGAAGCAAAGGAUGAAGACGAGGAGAUGGGCGAAGAUUAGGGUCCAAUGAUCUUGUACAGUCAUGCAGCAGCGUAGAUACUCCACAGAGC